CACAGAUAAAAGGUAAAAAUCCUCAUAAAAUAAUGUACUAUUAUUAAAGAUUUGUUAAUUUUAUUUUAUUUUUUUUUUAAGACCAAGACGAUAAAUAUACGACAUCAACGAGUUCUGUUUCCUCUGAAGUUUUUACAGUACCCGCUUCUUACGGACAAAUUGGUGAACUACCUGUUAAUCCCCUUCCUAUUAAUCUUCCGUCAAUCUCUUCACAAAUAUUUGGAACACAACUGUCAACACUCGAUAGCGGUGAAAAAUUUAUUCUCAUUCCUCAAAGUUCAGGAGGCACUUCAUAUUAUGUUCUUAUGCCAGUUCAACAACAAAAUCAAAUUUCUAUUUUACCUACUAGAAUUUGUGCUAGUAAAGAUUUAACUACCGAUUUAGAUCAAGAUAUACAGGUUAAAAUAGAAUCUGAAUUUCAAUCAGGAGUAUCUGAUGGAUUACUUUUAGAAGAAGAUUCUAAAUUCGCUGUCAAUAAGGAAGAAAAUUACGAAAUCAUCCCAAAUAAAGAAAAAGAAAAAAAAGAUAAAUCGAAUUUAUCUGUUCUUUCUCUUGUAUGUAGUGGUUUAUUGAAUCAAGAGACUGAUACUUAUGAACAAGCAAAUAAAGAAAUGGACGGAAAUUCUUCACAAGACGAAGAUAAUGAAUCUUUGAAAUCUAAUAUAUCUGAUAUACCUGUUAGCCAGAAUCUAGUAAAUAAUGAAAAGCAACAAGUGUCAGAGUACAAUAAAAAGAACCAAAUACUUGAUUCGGUUAAGAACAAAAUCGUCAAAGAAAAUUUGGAAGAGUCACUAAAGGCACAUAAUACACCUGGAGAUUCGGUUAAGAAUACAACACAUGUGGAACCACGAGUUUAUAGUUGGGACUAUCAUUCUCCAUCAUUUCAAACACCUUCAGUCGAGAGUCCUUUGUUGUUUUCAACUCCUGCUAAUACUUAUCCUGUAGCUCAAGCUCAAUAUGUGCCAAUAAAGUGUGAAUCAAAUAUUUAUGAUAUGAAAUGCACGAGACAACAAAAUGAGGAGUUUCAAUUACUUCAACAUGGUGACUCAUUUUCUCAAAAUCAAAUACCAAUGCGACAACAAUAUUAUGAAAUAUCCCCUUUCACACCAUCUCAUACGAAUCCAUCUAACGCUUACAUGGUACAACAAAAUCAAACAUCAUCUUUCUAUCAAUUUAGAGGUCAACAAUUGCCACCACAAUUCACACCAACUUCUUUGUCAUUUGCUUUUAGUCCGAGAAUUUCUAAUAAAAGCACCCCUCAAUCGCAAAUUCGUUGUUAUGCUGGCUUAUCUGUCUCAUCAAAUGGCUUGGAAGAUUCUUCUUAAGGUCAAAUUGAUGAAAAUGAAGGAAUUUUAUGUAUGUAUUAAUUUAUCAGAAAACUUCAUCUGAACGAAUGAGAAACUAAAGAUGAUGAUGUAGACAUUGAUAAUUUAUAAGCAGAUUUCUUUGGAA